AUGGCUAACAGCAACUCGGCCCAUAGUUGCGAGCGCUGCCGCGUGCGCAAGUGCUCGGGCUCAGAAGACGGGCCAGCACCUGACCCGCCGAUCCUUCGAAAGUCUCCGCAAGUUCUACGCGCGAAACCUGUACAGAUCCCUAGGCCUUUGACGCCUCGAAGUUUCAUUGCCUCGUCGUCCGAGUCGGGGGAUGAGUUCAUGAGGAACCCCAUGACAGGUAGUCCGCCGACCGUUCAUGCUGAUAGCGGAGGGGUGGGACAACAAUGGUACUUGGGCCCAUCAUCAACAUGGUCGUUCAGUCGUCGAGUAACGAGACACUUCGAAAGGGCAUUGGCCCCUGACGCUGCCAAUUCCCUUCCCAUUAAUCUCGACGGCGCAGCGUACGAUCUUCCCCCUUUGCCACCUCGAGGAUGCUUCGACCGUGCUAGCCUUCCGUCUCUUGACCAUGCAAUCUAUCUUUUCAACACCGUUAAGUUCCACCUGAAUCAGCGUUUUCGGCUCGUGGAUGAACAGGCAUUCACAGAAACAUUGCAUGCCUUCUACCGCGGUGGUGAAACGUCUGAGCUUUCCCCAUUGGCGUACGCCGAGCUGAUGUUCGUCUUGGCUUUCGGAAAGGCAUUCUUGCCUAGUUCAAAACCGUCGAGCGCCCCGAAAGGCUGGGUCCACGCAGCGCAGGCAUUCGCAGCCCUGCCGACUUUCCAUACGCAUGACCAAGAUAACGUUCUUGCCAUCGAGGUCUACUGCUUGGCAGCGUUGUAUCUGCAGUCGAUAGACAUGAGGGUCACAGCCCAUGAUUUUAUUGGGAGAGCAUUACGUCUCUGCUAUGUUGUGGGAAUUCAUAGAGAUUUCCAUGGCACUGGGAUAUCUGAACACCUCGCUUCGCGCUGUGCAGAGUUGUGGUGGAGUGUGUACAUGCUCGAUCUGCACAUCUCCGCACUGAUGGGCGCUCCUUCGGCCAUCCAGGACCACGACAUGACCGUGCCAAUUCCACCCACCAAGAGACUGGACGCAAGAGCGAGUGCCCUGGGAAUCCAUGUCACAUUGUCUAGGGUAUUGGCGAAGCUAAUGCGCACUGUGUACGCAGUACAAUCGCCACUGGAUGGAUCCUAUCUUGCGGAUGCACAGGACGUCUUGAAAGCCCUGGCCGAUUUGUCGCAAGAUAUGGAUAGCUCAGUGGCGAUGUCCUCGCUAUUGUCGAGCCAUUUGAGCCUGUAUCAUCACUAUUGUGUCGUCCUUGCGACCAGACCCAUUGUUUCGAAACAGAUACGGCCACCGGCACUCGCAGGCCCGGCUGCUGCGUUACUGCAGGCAUGUCUGCAUUCUGCUAUGGCAAUUAUCUCCACACUUGGCAAGCUUCAGGAGGAAGAUUUACUAGAGACGUUCUUGCCCUUUCACCUCGAGCAAGUUUUCUCUUCAGCUUAUGUCCUCUUCCUCGUUCAAAAGCUUAUGCCUCCACAUUUUGACCUCAACGAUUCUUUAAUGAAGUCGGACGAUAUUUUGCAGGCAAUGAUAGCGGGCGGCAACCGGCUGGCACGAGUCCGCAUGAAUGAGCUGGCUUAUUUUCGCGACAUGCUGACGCGGUUCAACGUCGAUUCAGGCGAUCGCACUCGAUCAAGAGAGUCCCAAACCGAUAGCAGCCUGAUUCCAGACGAUGACAUGGCAGAUUUUGGAUGCGAGUCGUGGACGACUUUGGGCUUGGAACUCGGGAACGAUGGCUUUCGAUCUUCUGACCUACAGGCGCUGACGGACUUCUUGGAGUUGGAGGAUGUUUCGGGUCACAUCAUGUUUAGUUCUCUACGAGAUUGA